AUGGAGGCGGAGGGCGAAACCGGGAUGGAGGAGCAGGAGCGGGAGGAGCCCCCGGAGCCGGAGGAGCCCCCGGAGCGGGAGGAGCCCCCGGAGGAGCGGGGCGCGGCGCGGCUGGCGCGGCUGGCGGAGCGGGCGCUGGCGCUGCCCGCGGGGCGCGGCCUGGCGGGGCCGGCGCUGCGCGAGUUCGUGAGGGGCGCGGCGGGGCCGGCGCUGCUCGCCUGGCGGGGCCCGGCCGGUCAGCUGGAGCUCAGCCCCGGGCCGCCCCCGCCGCCCCCCGGCGUCCCCAAAGCGCUUUUCUUCCUCCGGCCGCCCGCAGCCGGCCCCGGCCCCGCCGAGCUGCUGUGCGGGGACCUGCCCGCAGAGCCCCUGCCGCACUUCGCCGCGCUGGUGGAGGAGGUGAUCGUGCCCAUCCUGACGAACCGGAGGAACCAUGAGGGCUGGCCACGAGUGGUGUCACAAGACAUCAUCCAUCACGUCCACAGCCUGAAAAAUACUGUCUUCAAGGUUGUUGGCCAGGUGAAGGGCAAGACCUUGCUGCCUCUUCCAGCUGCCUCGGAGGGAAUUGAGAACAUUGAUCCUAAAGAUGAGAAAUUCUUGGAGCGGAUCAAUAAAUCCCUUGUGCAUGCCACCGAGUCAGCCAUCAUUGACUGGAGCCAGCAGAUCCAGAGAGUGCUGAAGAAAGAGUCCUCAGAGCCUCUCCUGCAAGGCACCAACCCCACCCCGAGGGUGGAACUGGAGUUCUGGAAGAGCAGGUGUGCUGACCUGGAAGGCAUCCACAGCCAGCUGACAUCCAGGAGGGUCAGCAGCAUGGUGGAGGUGCUGGAGAGAGUGCAGAGCGUCUACGUGCCAGCCUUCCAAAGCAUGCUCCUGGACGUUGAGGCAGCUCUGAGCGAAGCUCAGGACAUCACCCUGCACCUGACACCCCUCCAGCAGCCCCUGGAGCACAUCGAGGCCGCCGAGUUCAGCAGGGUGAAGCCUCUGCUGGUGCCUCUGCUGCACGCGGUGUGCUGGCUCUGGGCCACCUGCGGGCACUACAGCGUGCCCCUGCGGCUGGUGGUGCUGCUCCAGGAGAUCUGCAACCUCCUCAUCCAGCAGGCUGUGCUGUACCUGUCCCCUGAAGAGCUGCUGAAAGGAGAGGUGGAAGAGAGCCUGGGCAAGGUGCAAACAGUGCUUGACAUCCUGAAUGCCUUCAAAGGGGCGUUGGAGGAGAGACGGGCAAACCUGCAGGUGUAUUAUGAGCCAGGCCAGCAAGUGAGGAGCUGGGACUUCCACCCCAGGCUGGUGUUUGCGAGGCUGGACAGCUUCCUGCAGAGGCUGCAGAUGGUGCAGGGUCUCCUGAGCACAGCCCUGGACCUGGCAGAGCUGGAGAAGAUUGAGUUUGGGGGCAUGAGAGGGAAGGCCCUGGGCCAGCAGGUGCUGGACAUGUAUGAGGAGUUCCAGGAGGGCUACCAGGUGUUCUCAGAGCGAGCCUACGACUGCCUGGACCUGGCCAACCUGGAGUUUGAGCAGGAUGCCCUGGACUUCCAGCAGAAGGUGGAGGACAUGGACCGCCGGCUGGGCACCGUGUUCAGCCAGGCCUUCAGCGACGCCCCCGACCUGGAGCACAUCUUCAAGCUGCUGGCCAUGUUCCGGAACCUUCUGGAGCGGCCUGUGCUGGCUGCAGUGGCUGCUGGCAAGGUCCCUGUCCUGCUCAGCAUGUUCAGCACUGCCCUGGACCAUGCCAGGCUCACCUACACCAGGCACACCCAGGCAGGGCUGCAGCUCGGCUUCCCCCCGCUGCACAAGAACGUCCCUCCUGUGGCUGGAGCGCUGGGCUGGGCGCGGGAGCUGCGGGCGCGCAUCCAGGGCCCCUUGGAGCACCUCAGGCACAUCCCUGGGCUGUGAGUGUCUGCUCCAGAUGAGCUGUGACCAUCUGGAGAUCUCUCUCUGGGUGUUCUUUCUGUGCUGAAUGCUGCCCACAAUGGCUGUAGCUGAAACAGUUCUUAGUGA